ACGUGAAUGAUGUCGCUGUGAUUGCUGAAUUGUCUCGUCAGGUAAAAAGAGAACGCGGUUUUUCUUUUUUCUUCAGGGAUGGUCCGCUUGGUCCUCCAGCCCUUGCACGCUGACCGUCGGCCGCAGGAAUGAAAAACGCUCGCGGUAUUGUACACAAAGUGCACCUGCCCUCUUCCGAUGCAAGUAAUGCAGGAGAUGCUCUCUUGCGUGCAUUUCGCUGCAGUCAGGGUCUGGAGUCUCUCAUAAACCCCCCUGACCCGUGUGUCCAUCUGGAGAAGAAGGGGAGGGGGAGGCCUGCUUUCCCUGCAAUCCGGUGGUCACAUCCCCAUCAGGACCCCUGAAUGCCUGCCUCCGGUGUCGUCACAAUGGAGUUCUGAGGUCCAUGUGGCUCCUCAGAGUGAACAAGGUGACGUGUCUCCAUGAGAACUCGCAUCUUCGUCACCUCUUUAUUCAACGUCUUAAGGAAAAUGCAGAGACGCCACAGCAGUAACACGGAUAACGUGCCACCUGAAAGAAAUCGCAGCCAAGCACUCAGCUCCGAGGCCAGCGUGGAUGAAGGGGGCGUCUUUGAGAGUCUGAAGGCAGAAGCGGCCUCCCCACCAGUGCUGUUCUCCAGCCUCUCCGGCCUCCCGGCCAGCAGCCUUCCUGCCACCCCAUUCCCACCCAGCCUGGUGCUGGGGGCCUCCGCCAGUGGAGGGGACGUGUUCAUCCAGAUGCCGGCGUCCAGGGAGGAGGGCGGAGGCCGGGGCGAGGGGAGCACCUACCACCACCGCCAGCCCCACCACCACUUCCACCACGGCGGCCACCGUGGGAGCUCGCUGCUGCAGCACGUGGGUGGGGACCACCGGGCGCACUCAGACGACGGGGGCGACGAGCAGCCGGGCACCCCCGCCCCCGCCCUGUCCGAGCUGAAGGCCGUGGUCUGCUGGCUCCAGAAAGGGCUUCCCUUCAUCCUGAUCCUCCUGGCCAAGCUGUGCUUCCAGCAUAAGCUCGGCAUUGCCGUGUGCAUCGGGAUGGCCACCACCUUCGCCUACGCCAACUCCACGCUCCGGGAACAGGUCUCUCUGAAGGAGAAGAGGUCGGUGCUGGCCAUCAUGUGGAUCUUGGCCUUCCUAGCGGGAAACACCCUGUACGUGCUCUAUACGUUCAAUUCCCAGCAGCUGUACAACAGCCUCAUAUUUCUGAAGCCCAACUUGGAGACCCUGGACUUCUUUGACCUGCUGUGGAUCGUGGGGAUCGCAGACUUCGUGCUGAAGUAUAUCACUAUUGCCCUCAAGUGCCUCGUCGUGGCCCUGCCCAAGAUCAUCCUGGCCGUCAAGUCCAAGGGAAAGUUCUAUCUGGUCAUUGAGGAGUUGAGCCAGCUGUUCCGCUCACUUGUCCCCAUCCAGCUGUGGUACAAAUACAUCAUGGGUGACGACUCCUCCAACAGCUACUUUCUGGGCGGGGUCCUCAUGAUCCUCUACAGCCUCUGCAAGUCCUUUGACAUCUGUGGCCGCGUGGGUGGAGUUAGGAAAGCCCUGAAGCUUCUCUGCACCUCUCAGAACUACGGAGUCCGGGCCACUGGGCAGCAGUGCACAGAAGCUGGUGACAUCUGUGCCAUCUGCCAGGCUGAGUUCCGGGAGCCUCUGAUCCUGAUGUGCCAGCACGUGUUCUGCGAGGAGUGCCUCUGCCUCUGGCUGGACCGCGAGCGCACCUGCCCGCUCUGCCGCUCCAUUGCCGUGGACACCCUGCGCUGCUGGAAGGACGGGGCCACCUCGGCACACUUCCAGGUGUACUAGGACUGGAGCUCUGGCACGCGCAGGGAGAUGGCACGGGCUCAGCGUCGCUGGGUCCAGCUCUGGGGGUCCAGCUCUGGGGACUUCCUGGAACACAGGCCUCGAGCACGUACUGUCCUGAGUCCUGCCUGUUCCCACCUCUUCCCCUAAAGCCCCUGUCCCCCCACCUUCGCCGUUGUCUCCUGUUCCGUGGCAUGGUGCGUGCGUCCUUCCCUGCAAAUGCAGAAGCCUCCCAACCCAGACUCGCCCUCUGCCCAGGUAGGUCUGCCCCCUGCCCCCACUCCAAGUCAAGGAAGCUGGAACAGACAAAGUCCCACCUGUUGAGUAUUUUGACUGGAGGUAGCCAAAUACCUGAUGCUGCAACCUGGGGAGAGGCCUGCAGAUCCCUGCCUCCCCUCCCCCGAUGGCCCAGGUCUACGGGUGAGGAUCACUGAAGUCUUCUGCAGGCAGGACAUCAAGCACCCUGCCUAGAGGACCACUCGGACCCUCGCAACAGCUCCAAGGGUGGAGGGACUGUUGUCUCCUCCGUUGCACAGCUGCAGAAGCACAGAGCUCCACGUGGCCACUAGGCCAGGGCCACCCCGCUCGCCGUGGUGGGCUGAGUUGCCAGCCCAGGCCUGUCUGGCCUCAGAGCCUGCGCUCCUAACCACUGUGCUGACCUGCCGCUCAGACGCUGCAGGCGUGGGGCCUGGCAGACGUGGUUUUUUAAAAGCACGAGAGGCGAUCUUGAUGCCCCCGGUGGCCCAGGCGCAUAGCAUAUUUAAUUUGGACUGGUCGAGAAUGCUAAUGGCAAAUGCUGCCUCCGGAAGUCAGGUUGUAGCUGGGACCCAGGAAAGACUUGUCCAGAAAUCGCUUUUUGCCCGAGCUCUGGGCCGGGAUGCUGAUUCGUGUGCGAGUAGCAAGAGAGGCCAGCUUUGGUCCAGAUGCGGAUAGUGCUGGGUCUGCACACCUGUCCGGGUUUCUUUUCCCCUCCUGUUUUUGUCCCCUCCUUCCCUUAAGCCUCAGAGUUGUCAACAGCCCCCACGGACAUGACCUCUCCCCUGGUAGCCUUUAGACCUGACAGGGACAAUCCAGGUGAGGGAUUGGCUCACGAGCCAGGGAGGUGGCAAAGAGCAUAGUAGCAGUGUUCCUGUGAGCUCUCUCUCAGAGCCACUGAUCUCUGCAGCAGAACCACCUCCCUCCCUGCUCUGAGAUCUGGGAGGGGAGGCACAGGUGAUCCCACAGAGGCCAUUGGAAUCUUGCCUGUCCUACCCUUUCUGCCAACCCUAUUCUCUCACUGACAGCCUCAGCACCGUGGGCUGGCGUCCACGGCAUUUCCGAGAAAGCAGUCUGGGCGGUUAGUGAGCAGAUUAGCAAGAAAGCCGCAGGGCACAUGGUGGGGACCUUGCCACCCGCCAGCUCUCAGCUGGUGCUCACGUGGCCGGCCCAUCCCCAGCAGAUUCAGGAGAUCUGCCCCUGUGUGCUAUCAAGCCAGGACCUUUUCUUCCCCCUGACAUCCUGGCUCUUUCCUGGUACCCAGCAAGACACCCCUUCCAGGGUUGCAUGGCAUCUUUCAAGCUCUGUUACUAUGGCAAUGGCUGCGAUGUUACAAUCCCACUUGCCUGGAUAAUCAAGUCGGAAAGGGAAGUGGAGGGAAAACGGAGCCCAGUGGACGCGGCGUCUCUGCCCCCCUCGCCUCCAGGAAGAACCGAAGGGAAGGAGUACAAGCUUCUGCAACUGUUUUUUCGAUCAGAGCUCCCUGCCGGCAGAUGCCGUCGAAGAGGCACGCGACAUGGGAGCUGACGACGACGUACGGAAGUGGCAGCAGGUGACUGAGCAGGUGGAGCAGCCUGUGGGAGUCGGGCCUGGAGUGCCGAUUCUUUGUGUUUAUUCGUGUACUUUAUUCAGGUGACCCUGGUUAAUAAGUUCUAUAGGUUUCAGGUGCACCACUCUAUAACCCGCCAUCUGUAUGUUGUAUUGAGUGUUCACCACCCCAAGUCAAGCCUCCUCCCAUCCCCUCUUAUCCCCCUU